GCGGCAGCUGGCGGAGCAGUUAAAUGCGUGCAGAGGGCCAUCUCGUACUGCAGCUAAGUGGAAAGAGACAAUGGGUGUUUGGAAGAGCCAACUACGUACGCGGGCGAGGCAACAUCGUGAAGAGGAACAGCGUCGCACAUAGGUUUCUGCUAGUGCAUACUGCGGCUAAAAAUAUAAGGAGUUGUCGCAGGACAAUGACAUUUGGUACAUCAUUGUUUUGGAUUCCAAUCAAGAAAAAAAUGAAAAAAUCAAAAUCACGCCCCCUUUUUUACGCCCACCUCCUAUAUAAGUACGAAAAAUGUUUAUGUACGGAUCCGAAGACAUUAAUAACUGAUGCAUCACAUCUUCGUUAGUGGAUAUGCGUCCAAUUCUUCUGGAAUGAUACAUCCUAUAGUUCCUGUAAUCCUUGUUAUAUAUAUAUUGCAUACUUUUGGGCGGUAACUUGCCAUUUUAGAGUAUCUCAUUGUUUUUUUC